AUGUUCAAGCGAAGGGAUUACGUGGAGCUGUACGAGAAAGACCAGGCCAAGUGGGCACUGCUGCGCAAUGUCAACACUGUGUUCAAACACUCCACCCUGUUGCCGGGGGACUAUGUCUGGUUGGACCUCAAGACCGGCCGGGAGUUUGUUGUCCCCAUUGGCGCCGUGGUCAAGCUGUGUGACUCAGGCCAGAUCCAGGUUGUGGACGACGAGGGAAAUGAGCACUGGAUCUCCCCACAGAAUGCCACCAACAUCAAGCCCAUGCACCCCACUUCUAUCCAUGGGGUGGAGGACAUGAUUAGGCUGGGGGACCUGAAUGAGGCCGGCAUCCUCCGAAACCUGCUGAUCCGUUACAGGGAGCACCUUAUCUAUACAUACACAGGCUCCAUUCUGGUGGCAGUGAACCCAUACCAGCUACUGCCCAUCUACACGGCUGACCAGAUCCGCCUCUACACCAACAAGAAGAUCGGGGAGAUGCCGCCUCACAUCUUCGCCAUCGCUGACAACUGCUACUUCAACAUGCAGCGCAACAACAAGGACCAGUGCUGCAUCAUCAGCGGGGAGUCCGGUGCGGGGAAGACGGAGAGCACUAAGCUCAUCCUGCAGUUUUUGGCAGCCAUCAGUGGGCAGCACUCCUGGAUCGAGCAGCAGGUGCUGGAGGCCAACCCCAUCCUAGAAGCUUUUGGAAAUGCCAAGACCAUCCGCAAUGACAACUCCAGCCGUUUCGGAAAAUACAUCGACAUCCACUUUAACAAGAGGGGGGCCAUCGAGGGAGCCAAGAUUGAGCAGUACCUUCUGGAGAAGUCCAGGGUGUGCAGACAGGCACGAGACGAGAGGAACUACCACAUCUUCUACUGCAUGCUAAAGGGCAUGACCCCCGACCAGAAGAAGAAGCUGGGCCUGGGAAAGGCCACCGACUACACCUACCUCACCAUUGGAAACUGCACAGUGUGUGAUGGGCGCGAUGACAUGAAGGAGUACUCCAACAUCCGCUCGGCCAUGAAGGUGCUCAUGUUCACCGACACGGAGAACUGGGAGAUCUCCAAGCUGCUGGCCUCCAUCCUGCACAUGGGCAACCUGCGCUAUGAAGCCCGCACGUACGAUAACCUGGAUGCAUGUGAGGUGGUGCACUGCCCGGAUCUCUCCACUGCUGCCGUACUGCUAGAGGUGGACUCCAAGGACUUGAUGAACUGCCUGACGAGUCGUACCAUCAUCACACGAGGCGAGACGGUCUCCACACCCCUCAGUAUGGAACAGGCGCUGGACGUGCGGGAUGCCUUUGUAAAGGGCAUCUACGGCAGGCUGUUUGUAUGGAUCGUGGAAAAGAUCAAUGCUGCCAUAUAUAAGCCCCCUUCCACUGAGCCCAAGGCUGUGAGGAGAUCCAUCGGCCUGCUAGACAUCUUCGGCUUUGAAAACUUCACCGUCAACAGUUUCGAGCAGCUGUGCAUCAACUUCGCCAAUGAGAACCUGCAGCAGUUCUUCGUGCGCCACGUGUUCAAGCUGGAGCAGGAAGAGUACAACCUGGAAAACAUCAACUGGCAGCACAUAGAGUUCACCGACAACCAGGACGCCCUGGACAUGAUCGCCAUCAAGCCAAUGAACAUCAUCUCCCUCAUUGAUGAGGAGAGCAAGUUCCCUAAGGGGACUGACACCACCAUGCUGAACAAGCUGAACUCCCAGCACAAACUCAACACCAACUACAUCCCACCGAAGAACACCUACGAGACGCAAUUCGGGAUCCAGCACUUUGCUGGUGUGGUCUACUAUGAGACCAGAGGCUUCCUGGAGAAGAACAGAGACACCUUGCAUGGUGACAUAAUCCAACUGGUCCACUCCUCCAAGAACAAAUUCAUCAAGCAGAUCUUCCAGGCUGAUGUCGCCAUGGGCGCAGAGACUAGGAAGCGCUCCCCGACGCUCAGCAGCCAGUUCAAGCGCUCCCUGGAGCUGCUGAUGAGAACGCUCAGCGUGUGCCAGCCCUUCUUCGUGCGCUGCAUCAAACCCAACGAGUUCAAGAAGCCCAUGCUGUUUGACAGGGAGCUGUGCGUCCGGCAGCUGCGGUACUCCGGCAUGAUGGAAACCAUUCGGAUCCGCCGGGCCGGGUACCCCAUACGCUACACCUUCGUGGAGUUUGUGGACCGCUACCGAGUCCUCAUGCCGGGGGUCAAACCCGCCUAUAAGCAGGAAGACCUUCGUGGGACAUGUCAGCGCAUUGCAGAAGCAGUCCUGGGGAGAGACGAUGACUGGCAAAUGGGAAAGACCAAAAUAUUCCUCAAGGACCACCACGACAUGCUGCUGGAGAUCGAAAGGGACAAGGCCAUCACAGACAAGGUCAUCCUCAUCCAGAAGGUGGUGCGAGGCUUCAAGGACAGAUCCAACUUUCUCAAGAUGAGGAAGGCAGCCAUGCUGAUCCAGAAGACCUGGAGAGGUUACCACUGUCGCAAGAACUACAGUGCUAUGCGGGCUGGUUUCUCAAGGCUGCAGGCCCUCUACCGGUCCCGGAAGCUGUAUAAGACCUACCACGUUGCCCGGCAGCGCAUCACACACUUCCAGGCGCGGUGCCGGGGGUGUCUGGUCCGACGAGCCUUCCGGCACCGCCUGUGGGCUGUCAUCACCAUCCAGGCCUACACCCGCGGCAUGAUCUCCAGGAGGCUGUACAAGAGACUCAAAGGCGAGUACCGGCGGCGCCUGGAGGCUGAGAAGAUGCGCCUGGCGGAGGAGGAGAAGCUGCGGAACCAGAUGAGCGCUAAGAAGGCCAAGGCGGAGGCGGAGAAGAAGCACCAGGAGCGGCUGGCGCAGCUGGCCCGCGAGGACGCCGAGCGCGAGAAGAAGGAGCGGGAGGAGGCGCGGCGCAAGAAGGAGAUACUGGAGCAGAUGGAGAGGGCACGGCACGAGCCCGUCAACGACUCCGACAUGGUGGACAAGAUGUUCGGCUUCCUGGGGACCACCAACUCCUUCCCCGGGCAGGAAGGCCAGGCGCCUGCAGGGUUUGAGGAUCUGGAGCGCACUCAGAAGGAACUGGAGGAGGAAGACCUGGACGAGGCCCUGCCACUUCCUGAAGACGAGGAGGAGGACCUCUCUGAGUACAAGUUCGCCAAGUUUGCUGCCACCUACUUCCAGGGCACCACCACUCACACCUACGUCCGCCGCCCCCUCAAGCAGCCCCUGCUUUUCCACGAGGAUGAAGGAGAUCAGCUGGCUGCACUGGCUGUUUGGAUCACAGUGCUGAGAUUCAUGGGAGAUCUCCCCGAGCCCAAGUACCACACAGCCAUCAGUGACGGCAGUGAGAAGAUCCCUGUCAUGACCAAGAUCUACGAGACCCUGGGCAAGAAGACCUACAAGAGAGAGCUGCAGGCACUGCAGGGGGAGGGCGAGAGUGCUCACAUUGACAGUCACAAGAAGAGCAGUGUGCGUCACAAGCUAGUGUCCCUCACUCUUAAGAAGAAGUCGAAGAUUACCGAGGAGGUCACCAAGCGUCUUAAUGAUGGUGAGUACACUUUGCAUGGGAACAGCAUGCUGGAGGAUCGGCCCACCUCCAACCUGGAGAAGCUGCAUUUCAUCAUCGGCAACGGCAUCUUGCGCCCCGCCCUCAGAGAUGAGAUCUACUGUCAGAUCUGUAAGCAGCUCACCCAGAAUCCUUCCAAGAGCAGCCACGCCCGUGGGUGGAUCCUCAUCUCACUCUGUGUGGGCUGCUUUGCCCCCUCUGAAAAAUUUGUCAAAUAUUUGAGGAACUUCAUUGGUGGCGGGCCCCCUGGUUACGCCCCCUACUGUGAGGAGCGUCUGAGGAGGACCUUUGUCAAUGGGACAAGGACUCAGCCACCCUCCUGGCUGGAGCUCCAGGCCACAAAGUCUAAGAAACCAAUCAUGUUGCCGGUGACGUUCAUGGACGGCACGACCAAGACCUUGCUGACAGAUUCGGCCACCACGGCCAAGGAGCUGUGCAAUGCACUGUCUGAUAAAAUCAGCCUGAGAGACCGGUUUGGCUUUUCACUCUACAUCGCCCUGUUCGACAAGGUGUCCUCUCUGGGCAGCGGGAAUGACCACGUGAUGGAUGCCGUGUCGCAGUGCGAGCAGUACGCCAAGGAGCAGGGGGCGCAGGAGCGCAACGCCCCCUGGAGGCUGUUCUUCCGCAAGGAGAUCUUCACCCCCUGGCACAACCCCGCCGAGGACAACGUGGCCACCAACCUCAUCUACCAGCAGAUCGUGCGGGGGGUGAAGUUCGGGGAGUACCGCUGCGACAGGGAGGAGGACCUGGCAGAGCUGGCUUCGCAGCAGUACUAUGUGGACUACGGGUCAGAGAUCCUGCUGGAGCGCCUUCUCAGCCUCAUCCCCUCCUACAUCCCUGACCGUGAGAUCAGCUCCUCCAAGACUGUGGAGAAGUGGGCGCAAUUCAUCAUGGCUGCGCACAAGAAGGGAAUCUACACACAGAAGAGGAUGGAGCCACAGAAGGUCAAGGAAGAAGUGGUGGAUUUUGCUCGAUACAAGUGGCCUUUGCUCUUUUCCCGAUUUUACGAGGCCUUUAAGUUUUCAGGUCCUAGCCUGCCAAAGAAUGAUGUCAUUGUGGCUGUGAACUGGACAGGAGUUUACUUUGUGGAUGAACAAGAGCAGGUUCUUCUGGAGCUCUCCUUCCCAGAGAUCACUGCAGUGUCCAGCAGCAGAGGGGGCAAGCUGCAGGGGCAGAGCUUCACACUGGCAACCAUCAAGGGGGAUGAGUACACCUUCACCUCCAACAACGCCGAGGACAUUCGGGACCUCGUCGUCACCUUCCUGGAGGGCCUGAGGAAGAGGUCACAGUUUGUCGUGGCCAUACAGGACAACCCCAAUCCUGUUGGGGACGACUCCACGUUCCUGAGCUUUGUAAAGGGUGACCUCAUCCUGCUGGACCAGGACACUGGGGAGCAGGUGAUGAAUUCAGGAUGGGCACAUGGAAUCAAUGACAGGACCAAGCAGAAGGGUGACUUCCCAGCCGACUGUGUCUAUGUGCUCCCCACAGUCACCAGGCCCCAACCCGACAUCGUAGCUUUGGUCACUAUGACACCAGACCAGCGUCAGGAGUCCAUUCGGAUGUCCCAGCUGGUACUGACAGAGAGCGAAGAGAGGGUAAAACCAUACACUCUGGAGGAGUUCUCCUACGAUUACUUCAGGCCUCCUCCUAAGCAUACGCUGAGUCGGGUGAUGAUCACAAAGAACCGGGGGAAGGACAAGCUGUGGUGUUGCACCAGGGAGCCCAUCAAGCAGCCGCUGCUAAAGAAGGUCAUCAACCACGAGGAGCUCUCCCAGGAGGCCUGCAUGGCCUUCAUUGCCAUAAUGAAGUACAUGGGCGAUUACCCAUCCAAGCGAACGCGCUCAGUCAAUGAGCUCACCGACCAGAUAUUCGAGGGGGCCUUAAAGGCCGAGCCACUGAAAGAUGAGAUCUUCUGCCAGAUCCUCAAGCAGCUCACAGAGAAUCACGUCAAGUACAGUGAGGAGAAGGGCUGGGAGCUGCUGUGGCUCUGUACAGGCCUCUUCCCUCCCAGCAAUGUGCUCCUGCCGCACGUCCAGAGAUUUCUUCAGUCCAAGAAGUACCACCCCCUCGCAGCAGACUGCAUGCAGCGUCUGCAGAAGGCCCUUCGAAAUGGGUCCAGGAAAUACCCCCCGCAUCUAGUAGAAGUGGAGGCCAUCCAACACAAAACCACCCAGAUCUUUCACAAAGUGUACUUCCCUGAUGACACAGAUGAGGCUUUUGAAGUGGAGUCAAGUACAAAAGCCAAGGAUUUCUGCCUGAACAUUGCUGGCAGACUGCUGCUCAAGUCCCCUGAGGGCUUCAGCUUGUUUGUGAAGAUCUCUGACAAGGUGAUCAGUGUGCCAGAGGGAGAUUUCUUCUUCGACUUUGUCAGGCACCUCACCGACUGGAUUAAGAAAGCCAGACCUGCCAAGGAUGGUAUAGUGCCUUCAUUAACAUACCAGGUGUUUUUCAUGAAGAAGCUGUGGACCAACACUGUCCCAGGGAAGGAUUCUUUUGCUGACUCAAUCUUCCAUUACUACCAGGAACUGCCUAAGUAUCUGCGUGGCUACCACAAGUGCUCCCGCGAGGAGGUUUUCCAGUUGGGAGCCCUCAUCUACCGCGUCAAGUUUGAGGAUGACAAGUCCCACUUUCCCAGCAUUCCUAAAAUGCUGAAAGAGCUGAUACCCCAGGACUUGAUCCGACAACUCUCACCUGAUGACUGGAAACGGUCCGUCGUGGCAUACUUCAACAAGCAUGCAGGGAAAUCCAGAGAGGAGGCCAAGCUAAUGUUCUUAAAAAUCAUUUUCAAAUGGCCAACGUUCGGGUCAGCCUUUUUUGAAGUGAAGCAAACCACAGAGCCAAAUUUCCCAGAGGUCCUGUUGAUAGCGAUCAACAAGCAUGGUGUCAGUUUGAUUGACCCAAAGACCAAGGACAUUUUAACAACACACCCCUUCACAAAGAUCUCCAAUUGGAGCAGUGGCAACACCUACUUCCACAUCACCAUUGGCAACCUGGUCCGCGGCAGCAAGCUGCUGUGUGAAACCUCACUGGGCUAUAAGAUGGAUGACCUCUUGACCUCUUACAUCAGCCAGAUGUUGACCACUAUGAGCAAGCAGCGCAACUCCCGGGGCAUCAGUAAGUGAACUGACUAUUGGAGAGAGGCGGCGGAGCUGGUGCGCCUGCUCCGUCCCAUGGGACAGCCCUGCAGCUGGGGGCGCAGCUUCUCCAACCACCUGUGGAGGAUGAGCCGCAGCCCCUCCCUCAGCUCCGUAGAGACUGAAGAGCCCUCCCUCUCAUCCCCCUCCAGUGAGGAUGACUACCUCUGAUCCCAGUCCCAUCUGACCCUCUGUAACGCACUCGCCCGCCCUGUCCCUCUAACACCGUAAGCUGCCAGUCACAACCUCCACCCAGCACAAGCCAAGGGUACUUCCCUCAGCCACAGCAGCAAAUUCCUGCACAUACCCAAGCACACACACACACACACACACACACACACACAC